AUGCUUCUCGCCAUCAUCGUCGCCAUCGUUGGCGUCGCAAAUUCGGCAAAAGUGCUACUUAUGCCAAGCAUCCUUUAUCCAAUGCAUGGAUAUACAAUGAAACAUCUUGCUGAUGAAUUAGUUCGGCGAAAGCAUGACGUCACAUGGCUGGAGUAUGGACCAACACAGUCAAAAAUAUCACUUAAAAAAGGAGUCAGAAGAUUAUAUUGGCCUGUACAAUUCGAUGAUCAGACGUUGACCGAUAUAUACGUACAUCGGAAUCAUUCUAGUCAUAGUGAGAUCUGGGACCCAAAUUUUGACCUACCAAAUGAGCAAACGACAGCGUGGUUGGCUUCAGUGAGAUUAUGUGAUCGACUGUUGGCCAAGAAUAAAAGAAAAUUCGACGAUCUCGCUAAGGAGAGAUUUGAUACUGUUGUGGUUGAUGACCUCUACAAUCCCUGCGGUUUGCUACAGGUAGCAUUAAAAGGUUCUGUCUACAUCUACUGGAGUAUGACUUCACUGAGGACCGAAUCUGCAUGGGCAAAUCAAAGCCCGUCGCCUCCGAGUUACUUACCUGUACCGGGCACAAAACUCACAGAUGAUCUCACAUUUUUCGAGCGAACAUUUAAUCUAAUCUCCUACCUCCGUGCUCUAUACAUUCAUCAUCAUAUCGUAUUGCCUCGGAUCGAUGCUGUUUUUCAGAAACACUAUCCUGGAAUUGCAACAGCUUUUGACAUUGAACGAAAUGCGUCAAUAAAUUUUGUGAAUAACCCGCCUAUAUUCGAUUUUGCCAGACCGUACAUGCCAAGGGUGAACUUCGUUGGAGGACUACAUUGUCGAAAUGCGACCGCUCUCGGUGGUGCGGUCAGCAAUUUCGUUGAAGCAGCUAAUGAUGAAGAAGGAUUCGUGCUUAUCACUAGUGGAUUUACAGCUCAAUGGGAAAAAGCACCAGAAUGGGUUAAGGAUACGUAUUUGGGAACGUUUCGUGCGUUGCCGCACGUACGAUUCGUUUGGCAGUACAAUGGCGACCCAAUCCCACAUCUUCCUCCGAAUGUUUUCACGCAAUCCUGGUUACCUCAACAGGAUCUUUUAGGUCAUCCGAAAUGCCGCGUACAUAUUUCACAUGGUGGCCUCAACAGCGUUAUUGAAUCUGUAUGGCAUGGAGUACCAACGAUCGGUGUUCCACUUACUGUUGCUGGCUACGAUAACCUGCUAAGAAUAUCGGCACGAGGAGCUGGUCUACUUAUCACUAAAGAUGAACUUAGUCAAGAGAAACUGCUGUGGGCACUUAAAGAAAUACGUAGAAAGACGUACAAGGAUGAAAUGUUGGUGUUCCAAGAUAUGUUACGUGACGUACCGUACUCUGAACUUACACAUGCAGCGUUCUGGGUUGAGUUCAUCGAAAGGCAUCAAGAGGUGCCACACGCGCGUUCAGGAGCGGACAAGCUGAACGUCUUCCAGUAUUUCCUCAUCGACGUUAUCCUCUUUAUGAUAUCUGUUCUAUUACUAUUUUUCGCCACUGUAUACUUUGUUAUUAGAACAAUGUUCAGAGUAAUUAGCGUUUCUUCGGCAUCAGAAUACGGUGAAUCCCCAGCAGCUUGCAGUAGACACGGAUUGCAAGCUGCAAAAUCCAAGAACAACCAACCGCACAUGCUGGAGCGCUGCAAGUUCACCGCUAUCAAUACAGCAUAA